AUUGUAUCAGGCCAACUGCAGCAUGAAGUUCCUGAUAUUCACAACCAGACACUUGAUGGUCUCAACUUUGUGUGGAAUGACUUCAAGAGACAAGGUUAUGCCACAAUGUUUGCUGAGGAUGAACCACACCUCGGGGUAUUCAACCUGAGGCUGGGAGGCUUUGAUCAAAUUCCUACUGAUCACUAUAUGAGGUAUUUUUGGCAGGUAAAAAAAUGUGUUAAAAUGAAAAUGUUUGACCUCAUUCUGAAUGAUUAGCUUGUUUUUUUCCUUUACAACUAUGGUGAUAUGUAUGUAUAUAAGGCUGGUGGGUAGUGGUGUACCUUUCCUUAAAGCAGCACAUGGCUUACUUUCACUUUAAGCCACUUUGGCUCAUUCUUCUUAGCACACACUUUUAAUCAAGGAAUUAUUUCUUUCAAUUCUUACAAUUCCCUGGAUUAAAAUGUUGGAUUUGGAUCAUGAAACAAACAACAAAAAAAACAGGUGUUUUAAUAAUAUAUUUUAGGUAUUAUUAAAUUAAGGAUCUGCCAAACUUUCGUAGAUGAAAAUGACUAGGUGAGACAAAUUUUCCUGCCAAAUUGAAACUUUCUAUGUUAUGGACAACUUGGUUUAAAGUUGCCAAAUAAAUGUCGACACAGACAUACAUCAAGUUGCGGCAGGCUUGAUAAAAAUCUCAAUUAUUUAAAACUAGAUGGAGCCCACAAAACAUUGGCGACACCAGUGCCUGAACUUCCCAUCUACUAAAGCUGAACUUCCCAUCUACUAAAGUUACUUGCCAAAAAAGUGAACUGCGUUUAAAUAUAAAUAGAUUAGAUAAAUAAUAAUUAAAAUCAGAUAAAAAUUAAAUUUUAAAAAAUUGUAUGCAUUAUUUUGAUUGGUCUGUUUUAAAUCAUCUGACCCCUGACUGGUUUUAAAAGUAAAUUGUUUGUAAUCCAUUAAAAAGAAAUUGCACUGAGUGCCUUGUUAAUUGUUUCAGGCACAGAGAGAAUCUCACCUGAGGCAGGCUUGCAGUGAGCAGUUCUGCACGGGUCCAACACCUAAUCACCAGUAUCUCUUCCAAUACCUGGACGAUUUUUUUCUCAAAUAUCGCAACAUCUCCAGAUUUGCCGUUGGCUUCUCAGGAGAACUGAGCCACGAUGAGGUCAAUCCCUCUCAGUACUUGGAUUCCGACCUCCUGAAUUUUUUCCGGCGCCUCCGGAGAAAAGGUCAGUUGAAGGACACCGCCGUGAUAGUCUUCUCCGAUCAUGGCUCCCGGCGCGGUAAAGUUCGCAUGACGCUUCAGGGCAAGAUAGAGGAGCGGCUGCCAUUUUUGGCCAUUUACCUGCCAGAAGAUUUCAGGAAGAAGCACAGUGACCUGUACAGGAAUGUCGUGAUGAAUGCCGCCCGUCUUACCUCGCCGUUUGAUGUUCAUGAGACCCUUCUUGACCUGCUGGACUUGUCAACAGUAAAACACCAAACUUUUUUUUAUGUCUGUGUCCCUUAAUUAUUUUAAUGAACAUAGCACAUAUGGUAAAUACCUGUAUAUUUAACCAUUAUAUUACAACAAAAAAAAUAUGCAGCCCCAAUAGCAGAUUAUUUUGUAAAGGAUUUAGAGUAACUUGUUAGUACCAGAUCACUGCUUAACAGCUAUAAUAAUGUCAACAAAACUCAUAGAUACUGUAACAUAAUAAUGUCAACAAAGCUCAUAGAUAUUGUAACAUAAUAAUGUCAACAAAGCUCAUGGAUAUUGUAACGUAAUAAUGUCAACAAAGCUCAUGGAUAUUGUAACAUAAUAAUGUCAACAAAGCUCAUAGAUAUUGUAAUGUAAUAAUGUCAACAAAGCUCAUAGAUAUUGUAACGUAAUAAUGUAAAAAAAAUCUCAGAUAUUGUAACAUAAUAAUGUCAAAAAAGCUCAGAUAUUGUAACAUAAUAAUGUCAACAAAGCUCACGGAUAUUAGAACAUAAUAAUGUCAAAAAAGCUCAUAGAUAUUGUAACGUAGUAAUGUGCACACGGCACAUAGAUAUUGUAACAUUAAAGCAGCAUUGAACUCUCCUACUUUCUUUUCCUGCAGGUGUCCACAUCCAGAAGAGGAAUUAGCCUCUUGCGUGCCAUACCUGCUAACAGGACCUGUGCCGAGGCAGGCAUUGAAACACACUGGUCAGUUUGA